GGAGAAUAUGUAGUGUAUUACUCUGGUGGCUAUAUAGAACAGGAGCCAGAGGAUGACACCUACACAUUUGAAAUAAGAAAAGGAAGAAAACAUAUAUGGUAUGUGAAGAAAUUAAGUGCAAUCUUGUUCAAAUGGGCAUUACAUUUCCAAGAAAAGUUAAAAGGAAUAUUGGUUUUACAUAGGAUUGAUUCAUCUAAAGAAGACGGAUCAUUUGAAAGACUGAUAAAUGACAACCACCUGACACCUAAUCUAGUUCCAAAACUUGUAGAGGUUGAUGGGACUAGUUAUCCAGUAUUUUUUUGCCAAGAAGGACAUUGAUGUUGGGGAAGAAUUAACAUAUAGCUAUGGCCCAGGAGAUGGUUGUAAUUAUUUAUUGGUGGAGGAAACAGCCAAUGGAAGAAACUACUAUGUCCACAAUCCGAAGUGACAGUCUCCACGAUGAUCCACCAACUAUGUCAAUCAACUAUGUCCAAUAUCCAAAGCGACAGUCUACAGGAUGAUCCAUCAACUAUGUCAAAUAUCCAAAGUGACAGUUCAGUAUGAUCCAUCAACUAUGUCCACAACGCAAAGUGACAGUCUCCAGGAUGAUCCACCAACUAUGUCUUGUA